AGAGAGCAUAAAACAGAAGGGCGAGAGACAAAAAGUUAGUUAGUGUCCAAGCCAGGGUCUCACAGAAUCGAGGGACAAGCGGACGAAAGCGAAGAUGAAAAUAUCGAUCGGUGUGUGUCUCUGCCUCGUCUCUACCGGAAUUUCGACAUCAGUCCCGCAAGUUUGUGCGAACGUGACAGUGGCAGCUAAGGAGUCAAGUGCCCUCUACCCUGUGACUGAGGGCAAGCUGACGGAGCUCGUGAUCUACAUGCCCGGGAGGGACUUCGGUUCCGCGGCGGUCUUCCUGGGGCCCGAGUGCAUCGUGCAGCUGCAUCAGAUGGGUUCCGUAAGCGCGAGGACCUGCCUCUUCGAGCAUUCCAUUUUCCGUGAGUCCAGCGCACUCACUCGGGGGCGCUGCCGUGCACGUCGCUUGCUGUGCUCUGGUCACUGGAGUUGGGGACAAGGAAUGGCAUGUAUUCAUGCUUUAUUGGGAGAAGCGAGCCUAGCCAGGCCAACCCAACGAAAAGGGUUGACUAAAAACCUGAAUUACACACCAUGCUCUCCCCCCCUCUCUCUCUCGCUUUGUUUCUCUCCUUUUCUUGUCUCUUCGCCAGGGAGGAUGGCGCUGAUCUUCGAGCGGAACACCUCGGCCCUGUCCGUGUUCAAGAGGGAGGGCUGCUCCCUGACACACCUGGGCGACGUGCCGUUCCCCCUGCCCGCGUGCGCCUUGCGUGUCGUGGCUGGGGGGCAUCCCAUCGUCGUCUCAUACGACUGCUUUUUGGAGGAAUCCAUGUCGUAUCGGCCGCCCGUCUCCUGCCCUUCGGCCAAGGCUUGGAUCCUGAUCUGCUCUGCUCUGGCCUUCGCUCUGCUCGCCGUCAUCGUGGCCUGCCCUCUCCGUAGCCGGCUGCAGGCACUUCACGCAAGCCGUGAAAGAAAUCCAGAGGCCGAGCAGAUUUCCUAACGAGCUCACACUCUCUCCCAGAGCUAUGGAGAGGAAGCUGUAGGUCAUAGGUCACCAUAUUUAUGAAUAAUAACUCACUAAACCAAGUGACGAA